CAAAAAAGAGAGAGAGAGAGGUGAAACAAUAACAACAAAAACGAAACAAAACAGUGCAGCAGGUUCACAAAGCAAACAAGCCAAGCCAGGCGGAUGGUGUGGGAGUCAAAGGGCUGUGCAUCUUUUUGCUGGAAUAUCUCGAUUCACCGCGAAAUGGCGAGGGAUCAGCGUGAGGCGGGCGAACCUUGCGGCUGGAAUUAGCCUGCGAGCAAGUCGACUAUAAUGACUACAGAGGAUUUGGCAGGCAAACCGCACAAAGUGUGGAGCUGUGACAGACAAACCAGAAAGUGUGUCGUCGCAUCGUCUCUGGAUGAACUUCGAACAAAAGGAGCUGCCAAGUUAGGAUACAACAACCCAUUCGACUUGAAGGUCGUGCUCGAAGCAGAUGGCACCGAAGUGGAAGAUGAGAACUAUUUUCAGCGAACUGAAAGGGACACAAUAUUCCUAAUGCUCCAGCCAAAUGAAAAGUGGCUACCACCCGGAGUCGAGGCCCUCAGGGCAGCCAUCACAGCAAUACCACGCAUCGUGUGUGAUGCCAUUGCCAGCCUGGAACUCAUGGACCUGCAGCCCUCGUGGAAGAUCAUGGACAACAAAGGGCGCGUCACAGUCGUGCUCCACUGGGACCAGCACGAAAAGUGCCAAGGGCGCCGCGGACCCGGCUCCGAGCCUGGUGGGGUGCUUCGCGUAGAAGUCUCCUCACAGGAAGCGCAAGCCGCCGGAGCCAUGGACGGAGGCGCCGUCGGCACUGUUCCGCGGACCCGGCUGACGCUAGAAGGCUUGGGACCGCGGCCAGAGUCGCGCACACUGCCUCCACGGACGGGGUCACGCGACUCAACGACAGCUGCCGCCCCGUCCUCGAACGGCAACAACGGGACGGGAAGCCCCGACCACAACCACGCAGAGUGCGACUUUCACUGUGCUGCGCUGCACGGGUCACACCAGAUACAGGUGAACAAGUCGGUGGCGACAUCGCCCAUUCAGGAGUUUCCUCCGCGUGGAGGCCCAUUUCCUGGCACCUCGGGCAUGCAGAGGAUGGCACCACCACAGCAACCGCAGCCAUCUACGUCGGGUAGCAAGGGGCAGCACGUUCGGUUUCUGGAGGUGACAGAAGAGGCACGAAUCCCCGCCGUUGAUGACUCGGAGUCGGACACAGAGAACACUGCUUGCGAGGAAGAGCAGCUGACGGAGCGCUACCUGCUCCUGGUAGACCAGCUUUCGCUAGAACAAGACCGGCACCUCACCAUCCGGGACAUUGGCGUCAUCCUCGAGAGGCUUGGGUCGCGCAUCGUCGACGUGGACCGGCUAGAGCGUGAGCGGGAGAGUGCUGACGUUCACAAUUGGACUAUCAAGGCAACGCUGCGUGGCGAGGUGCUCAGGGAAAUCGGAGUCAUCUACAACGGACAGUAUUAUGGCAUUAUGGAACACCCCGGGUACUUUUGAUAAGAGGUGUCAGUGCUUUUUGGUGUUUCCGUUCCGUUUUCUUUUUCGACUCAUGUAGAGGCCAUAUGCCAAAGAAUUGCCACUGCCACUUUUUUGGGGCACGGGAGAAGCCUUGCUUGCCCGGUUAAAUGGCGGUGCUAAAAAUUGCUGCUCCUUUCGAGAUGCCAGCCAACACCAUGGCAUUGUAUCGGGAUGCAGCAAUGCGCCACUGGCUCCUUUGAUGGGUCACGCAAGCACAACUAGGUCAACAUAUGUAGUAGCAAGUGCCACCAGUGUUUAACAUCCCCCCAUACUUUUUCCUACUCUGGAUUGAAGUGUCAGCUCACAUUCGAGUGGUGUUAUUCCUUCUCACCGCACUGUAUCUUCUGUGUUUUUAUGCUUGGUACCUAAAAGCUUUGUAGAGGCUGCGAAAACGGAGUAGUAUGCCUUUUCUCAUUCAAGAGAGAACCCUUUGUCUUGUUCAGUGCUAUUUUUCUAUGCUCAUUUACAUUGCCCGCUCCGUAAACCUGACACGUCCUCACGGGCCCCUUGUUUCCUUUUGCUUGGUGCUAACAUCAGCCCUCCUUGCAGCUUUUUUUUUCAAAGGCUGUUUCACUUCAUCUCAUCAGUGGCGGCAGGCCGCCUCUUUUCCCUGACCCGUGGACUGCAUGAACUGACCCUCUCACUACACCUGGCCCUCGGAGGGCUUUUAAGUGGUUUAGGACCCAGGCCUUGCACUUUCCCUGCUCAAGACACUUUUUCUGCAGUCUCCUUUUGCCACAGUAACUUUUUCGGGCGACCCCCAUUCUCCAAGCAUGGCACUGCACUGGCCCCUCCCCCAUUCCCUCCUCCCGACUGGUGUGCAGUGUUUGUUGCCCAACGGCUUUGUUCGUCGUGUUCGGUGUCCGCCUGUGGUGGGCGGCUCUCUUUUUCUGUUUACCUUCUCUUUGAGUGCUCUGGACUCUGUGCCGACUCACUGCCACUGCCUCGCGACAUAUUGAUGGGAGGCGUCGCUCCUAUUUUGUCGGCUCAUUCCUCCGAACGCGUCGGCAAAGUCCGUGCUGGCUUUGCUCUACUGGUGCGGCAUGCCGGACUGUUCUUUGUGUUUGCCAGGCAUGGCCACCUGUCGUUUCCUUCUUGCGUAACAUU